GUGUUUUGUAAACAUAAUAUUCAGUUAAUGAUGGCGUAUUUGACUCAGCAAUUGAAACCAUAUCGAUAUGAUGAUUACGCGCCUCACGAAGAGUUUGAAGAUGUGAACAGAUACUGGUACCAAGCGAAAGGUGGUUCCUGGGUUUGCAUUCCUAAGUUAAUCAACCCAUACGAUAACCUUAAUGUGAGAAAAGGAGCGAGUAUCGGUGAAUGCAAAACCGCAUUUCGUGAACUGGUUUCAACUCCGAACCGCCAAAAACGCAUGUUAGUUGCAUACUCUUGGCAUAUGAUAACAAACGAAGCGCUGUAUCGCAUUGGAGAGAGAACAGUUUGUGACGUGUUCGAUUAUGCAAUUAGUGGCAACACAGGCAAUCUGAAAUUGGAACUGGAAAAACACCCAGAUGCGCUGGAAUGCACAGAUACUUCUGGGUCUUCGUUGCUGUACAUCGCAGCCCGAAGCGGUUUUUACGACACCUGUGAGUUUCUUCUGGAUAAAGGAGCCAAACCCGGACUAGCUUGUGGAUCCUCAGAGAGCACUCCUCUACAUGCGGCAUCCUAUUAUGGUCACGAUUUAGUUUGCAUGCUGCUUAUAUCCAGGGGCGCCAAAGUUGAUGCCAAAAAUAAGUUCGGAAACACGCCCGCUGAUGAAGCAAAAACACAUGAACUUAACCAAAAAUUGCAAGUAUUAAAGAAUGGCGACAAACCCUCACCAAUGGCUAGAUUGACAGGGAGUUUAUGCCUUGAAAAUGUAACUCAUAAUGGAAAAACUGUUGCGCGUCUUUUGAGGCUUCAGAAUAUAGAAAUACCUAAGAACUGGCUGCCAGCAUGGCAUGGAACCAAAUACAAUUAUUUGAAUUCGAUUCUGAAAAACGGAUUGCAACCAUCGGGAGCGGUUGUAGAUGGCACGGCAAUCAGACCCCCAAAGGGUCAUUACCAGCUGGGGUCAACUCACUUUGGAGUUAACAACUGGGCGAGCGCUGUGUUCAUCUCUCCCAGUUUGAUAUACGCAGGUCAUCCGACAUACUCCGAGCGAGUUGUUAUUGACGGCGAGCAAUGGUGCGUAAUUGUCUGUGUUUUGUGUCGACCGGGAUCGUUUGGAUCUUACCCGAGCACGAUUGUUAGCAAUGACCCGGUUGACGGCGAACCCGUAGACUCCGAAUGGCGAAUUAACGUGGACGGCGAUAACCUUAUUUGGAGAAUGGAGCAAGGCUCUAAGAGUUCAAGUCUGAUGGUGACUGGAGCUGUUCUCGUUGACAUCAAAUUCUUCGACUCAAUUGGAAGCAUCGGAGGUUUGACGUAUCGCGAGGCUUCCCUGUUGGUUCACACUAACUACUCGCAAAAAUGAAGUGUUUGCCUGUAGCGUUAGUUUGAAAGUGACGAGAAAUUGUUGUAUACAGUGCCGUUAAGUGCAAUUUGAAUACAGUGCAAUUGUAACCUAUUUCUAUCUUCUGUCAAAUAAUCUGAAUUAUAAUUGAAUCUUUUAUAUGGGUCCUAGGAGCUGCAUGUUAGAAUACCUGGGAUCUAUAAUUUGUAAAUACUGCAAUGAAAUCUUGAUUUUGUAAAUUUUAGUGAUUUUUCCUCGAGUGAAUGAAAUACGUUAAAACUCGUUUAAAAUAAAUGCAAAUAAUUACUAAAACAUACGUGAACUUUCGUUCAUAUUUGACUUAAAACCAGCCCUACAAAGGCUGCGUUGUGCUAAAAUUGUGACUACUUCUUCUUGAAGUAAAUAUCUCCUUUUUCGGUGCUUUUUCAAAAUUGAAAUAAUAUCAACUGAUAGGUGCUUACUACAUUUUUAUUUGAAAAUUAUAUUUUUCGACGAAUAGUUAUAAUAAGAAUCUAUAUUUUCAAGGUUUUUAUUUAAAAUUUAACGUCCUUAUACCGCAAAUGAAGCGUUUGCUUGAAACUUUGAAAAGUGACCGGAAGUGAUUGAAUACAUUGCUGUUAAGUGCAAUUUGAAUAGUGCAAUUGGAACCUAUUUAUAUCUUUUGUCAAAUAAUCUGAAUUGUAAUUGAACCUUUUAUAUAACCGUACGAACCUAUUUCUUUCAAUUGCAAUUUCUUUCUGCAAACCUAAUUUUCUUUUGUCGAAUUAUCCGAAUUAUAAUUGAACAUUUAAUAUAGCGGUACGAUUUUCAUUUAAGGAUACGUGGGUUCUAGAUUUCUAAAUACUGCAAUGAUUUUGAAUUUUAGUUAUUCUGUCUUGAGCUAUUAAAAUCGUUAUGAUUCUUUUUAAAUAAAUAUUUAAACAUACUUGAAUAUUCGUUGUUAUAUGAGUUGAAACCAGCCCAUCAACGGAGGUCUUAAUUAGUUGUCAACGGCGGUCAACAUUAGCUAAAUUUAUUGUGAAGAUUUCUUGAAAUGAAUAUCUCCUUUUCUGGUGCUCUUUUUUGUAAUUGAAAUUAUAUCAACUGAUAGGUGCUUACUAAAAUUUUUCAUAUUUUUUGACAGAAUUAUACAAAUAGAAUUUAUUUUUUGAAAACUUUCUUUCAGGCUGAAAGUCAUAUUUACACUGAACCCAGAAUCAAGUUUUAAUCGUUGGUUAACAACUUGAUUACUAAAUCUUUUCACUCAUUUGGUCAAGGUGAUUUCGUCAACAUUAGAUAUAAUUUGAUUGUCUCCAUGUAAUUUUAGCAUGUCCGGUGGUCUAUCUCUUUGUUUUUCUCUAUUUGAUAUAAAAGGCUUUAGCCUAUGACUUACUGGUUAAGUCGAAUGUUGAUAGCGAAAAAAACUUCCGGAAUUUUUGUGUGUGUACUUUUUAGGACCCUUCGGCAAAAAUUUUCUCUUUUCAGAAAAUUUUUCAUUUUUUUUUCUUCAAAAACGACUCGACCAAUUUUCAAAAAAGUAACAUCAAUGGGAAGCAGGCCCACUAUUAUAUGUGCCUGCUUUAUUCUAUAUUCUUUUUAUACAUCAAUUUGCUUUCUACAGCUUUCCAAAAACAGCUUUCUACAGCUCUUUCUGAAAACAACUCAAUCUGAUAUCAAGGGUUUAAUCGAGGUUUUGUGAAGCCUUCUUGCAUAAGUUGCUACGACUUAAAGUUUGUACAAAAAAAUAUGUCUCUGGGAAGUUUCCAAAAUCACAAAAACUUUCACUCAUUUUUUAAUAGACAUCUAAGGUUUUAAGUGAAGCCCACUUUUUAAAUUUCUUAAAUUAUUUGUUUCAUCCGGCAUCAGUACAACAAAAAUCAAAAAUUAUCAAACAGGUACAUCCGGCUCAGCUGCGCCUCUUGUGUGUGUGCGUGUGUAUGUGUUUGAGGAGUUGGAAUUCAAGUUUCGAGUUUCAAAAUAUUUGAUAGCUCUAAAUUUUUAUGACAUUUUUUUCUCGGGCAAACUGGUGUUUGCUCAACCAAUGUUGGCUAAAAUUUUGCUGCAUAAGUUUUGUUUUGGUGCUAAUUCAAUUCUGGUAGUCGUUUUAAUUGACACAUUUUUCUUCAAAAUGAACUUAAGCAAAUCAAAGCCCGCGUGUGGAAAAUAACAGUUUUUCGAGUUGUGGGCUUUCGUCUUUUCUAUCUGCUAGCUUGUCAUGUUUCUGUUUUAUUGCGUAAAUGUGGGUUUUUGCUGAGGGACCUUUCACAUUUGUGUAAAUGUGACCUUUUGCAGCUGAUAGCAGUCAUUAAAAACUAUGCCUAGCCAGUGAUUGUCGCCAGUUAACUUGCUGCUGUUACUGUUGUUAUAAAGUUUUCUCAGACUUUUACCCGGGGCUAUCUAUCCAGUCAACUGUCUACCUAACCAUCUAACCAACCAAUCAUCCAUCUAUGUUCAAGCAUAAUAAUUUUGCAUGUUUACCGAAAGAGUUUUUCAUGUUUGAGCUAUAUCAUAUAUUGCAAUGCUUAAGAAAAUUUUCACUUAGUUUUCCGCAAGGUCAUUAAUUUUCAGUAUUUUUUUUUUGCGAGGCGAAAUAAGUCUGUCUGUCUGUAUACCUGCUUUGUUAAUUAAUUUGAUUAUGUCUGUCUACCCGUCUCCUAAUUUUUAACUUUCAUCUAUCUAUUAUAUAUUUAAAUACGGGCUUCACUAUCUCGCCAUGCUAAGGCUUUUUCAACGUAUUAUUUUUACAUGUUUAACAAAAGAGUUUUUUUCAUGCUCAUGCUAUAUCGUAUAUUACUAUGAUUAAGGUUUUUUUUCGAUUUUCCAGUUUAAGUUCAGUGUUUAAUUUAUCAAGUUUGAAAUUAACAACCUAAUAGUGGGAUGUUGUCAGAGUUUUCCCAGCUUUUGCGUUUCUGGCCUCCAUAUAUGAAUUACCAAAUCCUUGUAGUUUACGAGAUAGGCAACUUUCGAGAUUUUUCGAAAAUUUCUAGAAAAACUAAUUUUAAAAUUUUCUCAAUUUUUGAAAUUCUCGUCCUUUAGUUAGGUGCUGUUAGGGUAUUCUCAGGAGUUGCGAAUCUGGCUCCAAAUCUGACUUUCGAAUCCUUGUAGUUUUCGAGAUAUGACGUUUUUUAUGAUAUUUUAAAAAAAUGUUCAAAAUUUAGAUUUUAAAAAUUUCCAAAUGUUGAAGAUCUCAAUCGUGUUAUUGGAAUCUGUGAGGAAACUCUCAGGGAGUUGCGAAUCUUGCCACUGAAUAUGGUUGCUCAAUUAUUUGUAGUUUUCGAGAUAUGACGUUUUAUAGGAUUUUCUCAAAAUUUUUCAGAGAACUUAGCUAUAAAAGUUUUCACAAAACUUGAAAUUACCAUCUAUGUAGUGAGGCUUUGUCAGGGUACUCUCAGGUGUUGCGAAUUUCGCCUCCAAAUUUGACUGCUCUAAACCUUGCAGUUUUCCUGAUAUGAUGUUUUUCGUGAUUUUUUCAAAAAAUUUUCAUGAAAAUUAAAUUAAUUUUUUUUUCAAAGCUUUAAAUUCCUAACCUGUAGUUGGGGGUAGUCAGAGUAAUUUCAGUGGUUGUAAUUUAGGACUACAAAUAAGAAUGCCCAAAUAAUGUUAGUUUAAGAGAUAAGACCUUUUUUGUGAUUUUUUUUGGAAAUUUUCAGAAAACUCAAAUUACAAAAUAAUUCACUAAAGUGAAAUUCCCAAUCCUGUAGCUGUGUGCUGUCAGAGUAAUUUCAAAGAUUGCGAUUAUUGCCAUCAAAUAAGACUGCUGAAAUCUUGGUAGUUUUCGAGAUGUGAAUUUUUUGCUGGUUCUCAAAAAUACCUUUUUUUGGAAACUUAAGGUUACGUUUCUCAAAAUUUGAAUUUCUCAAAGUUGUAGUUGGGUACUAAAAGAGGACUCUCAAAAGUUGCACAUCUUGCGUCCAAAUGCGACUUCUCAAUUUCUUGUAGUUUCCCAGAUGUGACAUUCUUUAGUUCAUUUUAAAUUUUCGAAGAACUUAUAAAAAAACUUCACAAAUUAUUAUGGUUCUUCAAAAUUUGUAUGAAGAACUUGAAUAAAAAGCUUUGCAAAAUUUGUAAUUACGAACCUUGUAAUUGGGUGCUUUCAGAGUACACUCAAAGAAGUCAGAUCUUUUUUCCAAAUAUAUGCGGUUUAUUAUGAGUACCGGAGGUGCGUUACACGGUAGUACUCAAUUAAAACCGUGAUAUAUAACAAUCUAUCUAUAUUUAUCUAUAAUAUAUUCG